UGGCAAGGAGGCGGAGCUUCUGGGGGUGGGAAGGGGGCGGGCACCCCCAGAGCCGCAGAGUAUAAAGACCGCGCUCGGCGACCGCGGGCCCCGCACUGCUGAGGAGCGGAGCCUCCGCUUGGGGGGCCCCCCAUCCCUGGCUGUCCCCCAACUGCGCGUCCCCGCCCCACCCCCGCGGCUGAGCCACCACUGGUGCAGUGGUCUCCGCUUGGCGGAGGGAGCCUUGAGCUUCGUUCCACAGCUUCUUUGCAUCUUGAAUUUCGGGGCGGCCCCCUCCCCCACCUCUCCCUGCCUUUUUGUACCCCGCUUUUUUUCUGCAUUCUGCUCGGCUUUUGUAGCCGUCUGCUUUUGCACCCCUUUUCGUUUUGUUUCUAGACGGUUUGGCGAGGGUGAAGCUGCGUUCAUACCCCUUCCUCUUGUUAUUCUCUCCUGCUCUGACAGCACCCCUUUUCAUCGCAGUUGGGGGGCCUAGGAUCGGUGCAUCUUCCGCCGCGCUGCCAGCACCCCGCAGCGCGUGGCCGUGCAUCCCGGAAUCUGCAGCAGCUGCAUAUCUGAGGGGGGUCUCCUUUGCCUCCGCCGCCUUUGCUCCCCGCGCUUUUGGUUGUGUGGAGGGCUUCAGCGCGCGGCGCCCCCGCUUCUCCGCAGCCCCCUGCCCCGCGCCCGGACUAGACCCGCGCCGCCAAGAUGGUCAUCCAGAAAGAGAAGAAGAGCUGCGGGCAGGUGGUUGAGGAGUGGAAGGAGUUCGUGUGGAACCCGAGGACGCACCAGUUUAUGGGCCGCACAGGGACCAGCUGGGCCUUUAUCCUCCUCUUCUACCUCGUUUUUUAUGGGUUCCUCACCGCCAUGUUCACCCUCACCAUGUGGGUGAUGCUGCAGACUGUCUCCGACCAUACCCCCAAGUACCAGGACCGACUGGCUACACCGGGCUUGAUGAUUCGUCCCAAGACUGAGAACCUUGAUGUCAUUGUCAAUGUCAGUGACACUGAAAGCUGGGACCAGCAUGUUCAGAAGCUCAACAAGUUCUUGGAGCCUUACAACGACUCUAUCCAAGCCCAAAAGAAUGAUGUCUGCCGCCCUGGGCGCUAUUACGAACAGCCUGAUAAUGGAGUCCUCAACUACCCCAAACGUGCCUGCCAAUUCAACCGGACCCAGCUGGGCAACUGCUCCGGCAUCGGAGACCCCACCCACUAUGGUUACAGCACUGGGCAGCCCUGUGUCUUCAUCAAGAUGAACCGGGUCAUCAACUUCUAUGCAGGAGCAAACCAGACCAUGAAUGUUACCUGUGCUGGGAAGCGAGAUGAAGAUGCUGAGAAUCUCGGCAACUUCGUCAUGUUCCCUGCCAACGGUAACAUCGACCUCAUGUACUUCCCCUACUAUGGCAAGAAGUUCCACGUGAACUACACACAGCCCCUGGUGGCCGUGAAGUUCCUGAAUGUGACCCCCAAUGUGGAGGUGAAUGUAGAAUGCCGCAUCAACGCCGCCAACAUCGCCACAGAUGAUGAGCGAGACAAGUUCGCCGGCCGUGUGGCCUUCAAACUCCGCAUCAACAAAACCUGAGGCCCCUUCCUCCCACCCCGUCUCUCUCCUGUGGAUGCUCCUGGAAUGUCCCUGACCCUGCCUGAUCCCUCCCUCACCCACCCCAAAGGUAUUUUUGAUAACAGAGCUAUGACUUGUCUGAGCCUCACACCCUUUUCCUUGACUUCUCAACCCAGCCUGAAGUCCAUUGCGCUUCCCCGUCACUCACAUUUCCAACCAACUUCUCCCAACCUCAGAUCAGUGAGAGGGAGCUGGGCUAAGAUGGCCACAGAGGAGUUAGGAGGCUCUCUAGUUCUGGUUUAGCUGUGAGAGCUAUCCACUCUCCUGCCUGCAUAUCCCCUGAGAGUUACAGGAAGUGCUCACUGACCCACCCACCCAGCUACAUACCCCCACCCCCCACACACAUACAAACGUGCACACGUGUCUCAUUUCACCCCUUUGCUUCCAGAGAUGAAUGUGGCACUCCGUCCUUCCAUUCCUAAGCUCUAGCCACUGGUCCUUGAUCUCUCACACUUUCUCCCUGUCUACACAGUCGCCAUCUUGGUGACUUUGAACUUAUCUGGCUCCUGGGCAGGUGUUCUCCUCCUCUCCAUCCCUAUUCUCUCCUCUGAAAUGCACCUUUUUGUAAUUGAGGACAAGGUGGUUCUGUGGCCUUUUCCCUCUUUCCUGGCACAUUCUGCUUCUCACCCUCUGGUGACUCUGUGAGCUGGGAAAUGAGGGACUGGAAGCGAGGCCUGCGUUGGCCCUUCCUGAAAAUCCUCUGGCAACCCCCGACUUCAGCAGUUUCUCUCUCUCUCUUCUUUCUUUCUUUCUUUCUCUCUUUCUUUCUUUCUUUCUUUCUUUCUUUCUUUCUUUCUUUCUUUCUUUCUUUCUUUCUUCCUUCCUUCCUUCCUUCCUUCCUUCCUCUUUCUUUCUUUCCCUUCCUUCCUUCCUUUCUUCCUUCCUUUCUUUCUCUUUCUUUUUCUCUCUCUCUUUCCUUCCUUCCUUCCUUCCUUCAUUCCUUCCUUCCCUCCCUCUCUUCCCGUUUCUCUCCCCUCCCUCCCUCCCUCCCUCCCUCCCUCCCUCCCUCCCUCCCUCCCUUCCUUCCUUCCUUCCUUCCUUCCUUCCUUCCUUCCUUCCUUCCUUCCUUCCUUCCUUCCUUCCCUCUUGUUGCCCAGGCUAGAGUGAAAUGGCACAAUCUCAGCUCACCGCAACCUCCGCAUCCUGGGUUUAAGCAAGCUAUUCUCCCGCUUCAAUCUCCCGAGUAGCUGGGAUUACAGGCAUGCGCCACCACGCCCAACUAAUUUUUUUUUUUUUUUUUUUUUUUUGUAUUUUUUAGUAGAGACAGGGUUUCUCCAUGUUGGUCAGGCUGGUCUUGAACUCCCGACCUCAGGUGAUCCGCCCGCCUCGGCCUCCCAAAGUGUUGGGAUUACAGGCGUGAGCUACCGCGUCUGGCCUUCAGUUUCUUCCUAGGCCCUUCUAUCACCCAAAUAGCUGCUCCCCAGAGGGGCGGGGUUGACCUAGGCUGAAUAUCCACUUUGUUUUUACGGAUGGCUCCCUUCCCCCAUUCGCCUUCCCAGAAUAUCCUUCAAGUUCCACUUCCCAGGGAGCUCUGGGGGAGGGGCGGCCAUUCUGGCUCUGUCCCCAGUGGCCACCUUGGAAACAUCGGCUGGCUUUGGGACUAUUCCACCUCCUUCCCCUGAGCCCAGAUCUGCCCCCACCAUCCUCUCUCUGGCUUCUCUUAGCAAGUUAUCAACUAAUCACUAACUCCUUCCCUUUCCUCCGCAUGCUGGCCUGAAAGUUCCAAAUCUAGCCUCUGAAUGUCUUGGCUCCAUCUCCUUCAGACCCCUUUGCCUUUAAAAAAACAAAAACAAAAACAAAAAACCCAUAAUGCCCAUAGAAUGUCAAAUGAGGGGCCUCCUGCCUCCUGCUCUGAAUAUUCUGUAGCUGUAGAGGCAUUUUAACCCUUUGUCCUCCAGCAGCUCUUCACUUCCUCAUCCUCGCUAACCUUUUUCUUUUUUUAAUGCCGCAGCCUCCACACUCCACCCACUGGUGGACCCUUCCCUUUUUCUCUAGCUGGAUCUGUGUUUCUUCCCUUCGGGCCCCCAUGUUUUCCUGCACCCGCCCUACCAUGGUCUCUCUCUGCAGUUAUUUAAUGCCUGUGUCAGAUCUACUGUAAAAAGAGGAUUAAGUAAAAUAAAAUGAGAGCAAUUAUAUAUAUAAAUAUAUAUCAUACACAGA